CCAGGCACCGGCACGGGUGCUCAUGAUACAUGUGGUGUCCGACGGCUGAGAGCUGUGCUGGCCAUUGGCGAUGAUGAACAAGGUUAUGACCUGGACUUGUUCUGCAUACCUAAACAUUAUGCAGAUGAUUUGGAAAAAGUCUAUAUUCCUCAUGGGCUCAUCAUGGACAGGACGGAGAGACUGGCACGAGAAAUUAUGAAGGGCAUGGGAGGACACCACAUUGUAGCACUCUGUGUACUCAAGGGUGGCUAUAAAUUUUUUGCUGAUUUAUUAGACUACAUCAAAGCUCUGAACAGAAACAGUGACAAAUCAAUCCCCAUGACCGUCGACUUCAUUAGGUUGAAGAGUUAUUGUAACGAUCAGUCAACUGGAGAUAUAAAAGUCAUUGGUGGAGAUGACCUCUCAACCUUGACUGGAAAGAAUGUUUUGAUCGUAGAAGAUAUAAUCGAUACUGGUAAAACAAUGAAAACGUUGCUGUCUCUACUUAAGCAAUACAAUCCAAAGAUGGUGAAAGUAGCCAGUUUGUUGGUAAAAAGAACGCCUCGAAGUGUGGGAUAUCGGCCAGACUUUGUUGGAUUUGAAGUGCCAGACAAAUUUGUUGUGGGAUACGCCCUAGAUUACAAUGAAUACUUUAGAGAUUUGAACCAUAUCUGUGUGAUCAGCGAGACGGGGAAGCAGAAGUACAAAGCAUGAAAGCAUGGUUCGAGUGCUACGACACAGAGCUUUGAAAUGUUUUGUUUACUGAGUCCUAUCUUUCACAGGCUUCAACUCUGGUACACCAGCUGAAAUUGUAGAAUGCCCCAGCCCCGUUGUCCUAUGCUUACUAUAAUUUAUUGCAUGUACAAUGUCAGAGCUCGUCUUGUUCAUUUAUAUUUUAGAAAUGUAAGCAACUAGUGCAGUUCUGCACUCCUUAUUUUGAUUUGCACUAUGACUCUACCGACUAUUGCUGCCCCUGGUUGGGUUGUGCUGUUUGUGAGCUCCAGAGUCUAACUCUUGCAGUGGUAAAUUGCUUAAACCUCAUCAACCCAGAACUGAAAUAGUUCAAGUACUGUAAAUGUAAAACAUUUUAUGAUAGGGAAGUCUAUUAGUAAUAUUUUUAAAAUCUGUAAUUUAAGUUUUAUAUUUUAAUGCACAAAUGUGGUUGUGAUUAAUGGAUAGUUACACCUUUGGGUGUUAUAAAGCAUGAGGAGCAGCCAGUUACAGUAUCUGUAAUCUCCAAGGAGCUCGUUCAGAUCUCCUGGAGUUGCCUUAUUGCUGUAAAGGAAGUCUGGGUGAAAAAUGUUGUCUUUUUUUUCUUUUUUUUUUUUUUUUUAUUGAAAGGAGGUGGAAUGACAAAACAGAAUGUUUAAAAUCUAGUUUUAGUUGAGCUGCCUGUUUCUGUUAGAUUUUUUUUUUCUCUAAAAAUAUCCAUCAGUCAGUGGAAUUGCCUUUAAAUUCAAAACAGUUUUAAUAUAUUUGUGGAAAAGUAUGGUAAUGUUUACUUUAUAAGAUCUCAAAACAAAGUACUUUAAAUAAAGGCUGUCUCUUUAAAAUAA